UGGCAUUUCAUUUUUUACCCCAUAUUUACGCUCCCAAACAAAACUAGGUAAGAAGAAAAAAAUGGCCAAACGUUUCAACUUCAAGCUUCGAAUUUCCAAAAUCAUUUUUUCUAUCAAUCCUUGUGGUGGUUCCAAUUCCAAAGACCCCUCUUCCAAUAAUAAUCCACUACUCCCAUCUUUCUUCCGAUUCUCUACGGUCAACCCCACAGUACUACUUCCAAACCACCGCUCAUCACACACCAUCACAACCUCGACCACAACUACCACUACCCACCGUUCUUUCCUGAAACGCCACGUGUCUUCCGCAUUCCUUUCCGCGGGAUGCUGUCGCAGCAGAUCAAAUUCGCAACCCACUCACUCCGACCACGACGAAGAAGAGGACAAUAUCGGUAUUACAACGACAAAAAAAUCGUCACGUGAACAAGACAACAACUGGCACGUGAUAGAAAAUGUGUUCGAAAACGACGUCGUAUUCGAAACCCCUGCUCGCCGAAAAGUCUACACUUCCUCUGUUUCAGGGCGUUCCGAAACCGAAAACGACGACGUUUUCCUUCCUCCUCCUCCGCCUCCUUCUUCAGCCGAAACUAAAUUUAGAAAGAAGAAGAAGAAACGACGAUCCAAAAGGAAAACGACAUCAUCAGUCGCUAGAUCUAUACUAUUCAGAAUCAGCACUUCUUCAGCCGAGAGUGGAAUUUUCAGCAACGACGAAAUAAUAAACUACAAUAACGAAUUAAACGACGAAGAAGAAACAGAGACUUUGGUCUCAUCUUCUAGAAGCUUCUCCACCACAACUGAUUAUUCCUCUUCAGAAUUAUUCAACACACAGUUAGAAACCAUACGCGAGACCACACUGGAUCACACCAAUUAUAGUAAUAAUAAUAAUAAGAAAAAAAAGAAGAGGAAGAAAUCAUCAAAACGGUGCGUUUCCAAACAGGGGAUGAGGAAAUCUUUGUCGUCGUCUUCGGAGAGCAGUAGUAGUCCGGCGAGGCUUUCGAUGUUUCAGAGGAUGAUUCCUUGUAGUGUGGAUGGGAAAGUGAGGGAGAGUUUUGCUGUGGUGAAGAAAUCGGCUGAUCCUUACGAGGAUUUUAAGAGGUCUAUGAUGGAAAUGAUUUUGGAGAAACAAAUGUUUGAAGAUAAAGAUUUGGAACAGCUCUUGCAUUGUUUCUUGUCUCUUAAUUCCAGAGAUCACCAUGGGAUUAUCGUCCGAGCUUUCUCUGAGAUUUGGGAAAUUUUGUUUUCUAGUACUCAGACAUGACCUCUUUCAUCAUCACCCAAAACAACUUGUUAUAAUUAAUAUAAUUAAACUAGUAAUUAAUUAGUAUUUAUGUAUUAUUAGUAUAUAUAAAAUCAAUGAAGUGUUUAAUUUCCUA